AUGAAGCUUCUCUCCACCCUCGUUGCCAGUGCCCUGGCCCUUACCACCUCUGUUCAGGCUGCCAACUGCAAUGCUGGCCUGAACUACUGUGCCUCUGUGCUGAAAAGCAUCGACUUCAAGUACGUGCAAAUGAUGAAUGCCGCCAUUGGGCAAAAAUACGGAGAUUUCAAUGCGGACCUUGUCCACCCGAUGCUCUACCUGUGGCAUUGCAAUGCCGAUGGAUCUGUCAGUAUUGUCAAGCGCUGUGAUUGGGACUGCGUGGAUGGAGGUGCUGGAAAUAGUGAUUACUGCCAAUGGCAGCAGUAG